CGCGCAGGGCGUGUCGGGAGAAAUGGCGGAAAUUUGACUUGCUGCUGGAGUGCCGUGCCGCUUUCGCUGCUCCUCCUUGCAUUUUGUGCUCAGUCUUCGUGCGCUCAUUUUAGCGUUUCUUUUAUAAGCUAAUGUCGCCCAUAGACGCUGUGGCGUAAACUUCGAGAAGAAGCGGAGGAGGUCCGCGAAGACACGUCACUGGCUGUCUGCAGACACUGUUGCCGCCGAGACGAGCGGAGCUUUGGGCUGCAGGACUGACUCGACGUUGCAGCGGCCACCUGUGCAGGAAUGCAGUCAAUGGAGGCCUCAACCAGUGAAGUCCAGGAGGGUCUGGAGUCUUUAGCUGUUGAGACUGAAGACACUAAGAAAGAGGAUCAGCCUGAAGAACAAUCAGGAGAGAAGAAAGACGAGGCAGAGAGAGAAGAGCAGGAGGAAGAGGAGAAUGAGGAGGAAGGGGAAAAAGAGAAAGGAAUGAAGGCUGGAGAGGAGUCUGAUGAGCAGGAGAGAGAGGCAGAUGAACGAGAAGACGACCAACAAGAUCAGACUGAGGAAGCCGAUGAAGAAAAUGAUGAUGACUGGUGCCUGCCCUGUAGUGAUGAUGAAAUCUCUGAUCCUGUGGAAUGGAUGCCCCCAGUUUCUGAAAUUAAGCGACUUUAUGACAUGAUCUCAAAGGGAGACGUCCCUCAGCUAGAAAUGGAAAUCCUCCCUCGAAGACCCCCAACCCCAGAGCCUGACCCAGAUGGCAUGAGUAGUGGUAGCGAAGAUUCUGAGGAAGAGCGGGAGAGGCAGGAGCGAGAGGCUCGGAAUAGGGAGAGGGCUCCCAGUCCAACAGAGUUUGACUUUGAUGACGAGCCUGUGCCAAGCACUCCAAAAAACUCAUUCCUGGAUCGAAGGAGAACUCCAGGUUCGUCAGUCCGCUCUCAGCGAAGAGAGGCCCGUCUUGAUAAGGUCCUGUCAGACAUGAAGAGACACAAAAAGAUAGAGGAGCAGAUCCUGCGAACGGGACACGAUCUCUUCAAACUGGAUCCUCCAGAGCCUGAAAAGGACGGCUCCACGCCCAAAAAAGCACCAGGAGACAUAUUCUCCCCGAGGCAGCGCAAGUACUGAAAUGCUAAGCUGGGGCUUUGGGUGACAGUGAAUGGACUCGGACUCUCGAGGAGUGAUGGCACCUCUUGAGGUUGUACCCUGUGUGCUCUCAGCUGCUGCGUGUUUAAAGGCCUGGGGGACAGUCGUAAAACUGUGUGGACUUUGUGUCUUUGUGGACACCUCUUGUGGAGGGCAGUGUGUAAAUAUGAAACGUCGAACUGUUAGAUGUUUGUGUUUUGUAAAUUAAAAUGUUUUAAAUGUAAGCUGCAA